GUCAACACCAACAUCCUUUGUAAAAAGCCCCUCACUUUCACUCCAUCCGACUUGGUCCCAUAUCUCUCCCAAGGCCCCCCUCCAUUCUCCAACAUGGAGGAGAAGAAGAAGCAGACCACCACAACCAUCCCUCGAACUCGCCAAACCCAGAAGCCCGCAAAACACAUGUCCCAGAUCACCCUUCUAAUCCUCCUCUCACUCCUUUCUUCGUCUUCAUCUGCAUCUUCUUCUUCUUCUUCAAACACAUUAGUCAAACCUCCACCUCUUCUCAUUUUGCCCAUCCCUUCUGCUUCCCAGCUCCAAUGGCAGCUCGGCCACAUGGCCCUCUUCCUCCACUUCGGCCCAAACACCUUCACGGACUCCGAGUGGGGCACCGGCCACGCCGACCCCCACCUGUUCAACCCCUCCAACUUCGACGCAACGCAAUGGGUACGCGUGGCCAAGGAAUCGGGAUUUUCUCGCGUGAUUCUCACCGCCAAGCACCACGAUGGGUUCUGCCUAUGGCCCUCCGAGUACACCAACUACUCGGUGCGCUCGAGCCCCUGGAGAAAUGGGAGUGGUGAUGUUGUUGCGGAGCUGGCUGAGGCUGCUAGGGACGCAGGCAUUGGAUUCGGUCUUUAUCUUUCGCCGUGGGAUCGGCACGAAGUGUCAUAUGGGAAGACUUUAGAGUAUAAUGAGUUCUACAUUGGGCAGAUGACUGAGUUGCUCACGAGGUAUGGUGACAUCAAGGAGGUAUGGUUGGAUGGGGCGAAAGGGGAGGGAGAGAAGAACAUGGAGUAUUUCUUUGAUAGUUGGUUUAGUCUCAUUCAUCAACUCCAGCCCGGGGCUGUCAUUUUUUCUGAUGCUGGUCCAGAUACCAGGUGGAUUGGGGAUGAGGCUGGUGUUGCUGGGUCUACUUGCUGGUCGCUUUUCAAUCGGAGUGCUGCCAAGAUUGGUGACACUGACCCUCAAUACUCAAGGGAAGGAGACCGACACGGUGUUGAGUGGGUACCUGCUGAGUGUGAUGUCUCAAUCAGGCCUGGUUGGUUUUGGCAUGCAUCAGAAGUUCCGAAAUCUGCGAGAACGCUUCUUGACAUAUACUACAAAUCAAUUGGCCGAAACUGUCUCUUGUUACUAAAUGUGCCUCCAAACUCUUCAGGUCUUAUAUCAGCUGAAGACAUACAAGUGCUUCAAGAAUUCAGUGAGCUCCGGAGGUCGAUAUUCUCAGAUAAUCUGGCUAUUAAUGCUCUUGUUAGUGCCAGCAGUACACGAGGAGGCAUUAGCAAUUCUCGUUUCAACCCCAAGAAUGUCUUCAAAGAAUGUAUUUACACCUAUUGGGCCCCAAAGGAGAAUCAAACUCAUUGGGUGUUAUAUUUGAACCUUCAACAAAUAUUAUCUUUCAAUGUUCUGCAAGUUCAAGAACCAAUUCACAUGGGACAGCGGAUUAUUGAGUUUCACCUUGAGAUCUUGAAUGAAGAUGGGCAAUGGAAGAAAGUGACCAAUGGCAGUACUGUGGGAUAUCAGAGGCUGCUGCAAUUCCCGACAAUAAAAUCUCAGUACUUGAGGUUUGUCGUCAACAAGUCGCGUGCAGAUCCUCUUAUCUCUUAUUUUGGAAUUUAUAUGGAUCACUUUUCUAUUCUGAGUAACAUAUCUGAUACAAGCUCAAGAACAUAUUUCAAUGGCACACAGGUUCUUCAGCAAAUCACAUACAACCAUUCCCAGAUUGUCAGCUUAUAGAGUUUGAAAAUUUCUGGGCUCAGCCGUGUACAUGUGAUUGUCCAAUUAUUCGAAUAUUGAUUCUUGAAAGAUUUGUUAAUAAGCAAAAUUACAAGCUGUGGUUACUGAGGAUUCUUUUAAAGCACAUAUAUAUUCAAAUGUGAAAAGGUGCGCGCUUGAAUCUGAAAUUAUAGCUUAUGUGGUUCAAUUUCCA